AUGGACUAUCCAUACCUGAACCAAACGUUUGACGCCACAAACUGUUCCUUGCCUGGCAUGGACACGACUUCGCUGCAAAAUUGUAGUAUACCUUGUUCUUACGGCGACACCACACCCUUCGGUCAGAUGGGGCAGGGGUACCGGUACAACACGGUGAGGAGCUUCCCGACCAACCCUGCCAUCACCACAGGCAGCUGCAGCAUGAUUCCCCGGCCCCGUGAACAUCCGCAACCGCCCGUAUUCCCGUCUGGUUUCCCCAGUCCAGCCUCCGUCCAUGCCCAUCUGACGUCAAAAGGUUUAUCCUACAAAAUGUAUCAACACAACCACGAUGCUUCCAUGAAUCCAGAGAAGCGAAAACAAAGGCGGAUACGAACUACUUUCACAAGCGCGCAGCUGAAAGAACUGGAAAAGGCAUUUGCUGAGACACACUAUCCAGAUAUUUAUACACGAGAAGAAAUAGCUAUGAAGAUUGAUUUGACGGAAGCUCGUGUACAGGUGUGGUUUCAAAAUCGGAGAGCCAAAUUCCGGAAAAUGGAGAGGAUGAAGCAACAACAACAAGGGGGAAACCAACCAGGCAAAACCAACAGAAUAAUAACCAACAGAACCAGAACUCACAACAAAACCAACAAAACUCUCAACAGAAUACAGCCAACAAGCAGGAUCUGGCCAACAAUAAUGCCAAAGAAAAGCCGAAGCACGAAGACAAUACUGUUAAGGUGAACGACGUAACGCCGAAGUGGUCGAGUGGUUGCCAUCAGGGGAAGCUUCAGCCGAACAUGGGCGGGAACGCAUCACUAUCCGGGCCGUACUCCAACGUCCUUACUUCAACCAAUGCUGAGUAUACCGCGGGC